AUGGGGCUAUUCGCUAUGACUUUAGCUGGUGGUGGGUUUAUUCUGAUUGGUGCAUGGGAGUCUCUCACAUCUUCAACCGCGAACGAAAACGAUAACCCAAUUUCAAUUCCAUCUUCACCGCCGACUCAAAUACCCAAAUCAGCGGCUGAAAGAAGCACGAACCGAUCAUCCUCUUCUGUAACUUACAUCACCGUCACCAUCUUCUCACUUCUCUUCAUCGUCAACUCUCUAAUCUCCCUCUUCAACGCUGUUGACUCACAAGAUCGAGUUGGCUCAGCCCUCCAACUACAGAUGCUAGCUGUUGCGGCGCUUUUCUUGUUAUACUCGGUUUUGGGUCUUAUAUCGAAUUUUUCAAGCUUUGUUCAUUUCCCUUCUUCAAUCCUUAAUUUGAUUGUUUUGUUCGCAUUUGUUGAAGAGUUUUUGUUGUUUUAUAUGCAAAGAAAGGACACAAGUGGAACUGGGAUCGAGAACAGGUACUUCGAUCUUAUGCUUGUGCCCAUUUUGAUUUGUGUGGUUUCUACGAUUCUUGAACUGAAAUCUCCGGAGAAAUCGAAUGAGUAUCCAAGAUUGGCACGUGGGAUUGGGUUGAUUUUGCAAGGGAUGUGGGUUGUGCAAAUGGGUCUUUCUUUUUACACCAAUUUGAUUGUUCAUGGUUGCUCUUUGCACGAAAAGAGUAGAGGGAAUUACAGUAUCAAAUGUAAAGGCCACCCUGAGUAUCAUAGAGCUAGAGGAAUCGCUACUCUUCAAUUUAAUUGCCAUCUUGCUCUGCUCGUGGUUUCCUUGAUGAGUGUCUACUCAAUUAUGGCUAAAAAUUAUGGGGUUCGUGUUGAUUCUAUGCGGUAUAAACCUCUUGGAGCUGAGAUGCAGCAAAUGGAGAAUCGUGGGCGCUUCACAUUGGAUUCCGAUGAUGAUGAGAUUAGAGAAGACGAUCAUGUUACUAUGAAGAAAGGGGUUAUGGGGGUCGUUAAUGGUUUUGGAUCUCAUGAAUGA